GCCGAUCUCCGGACGUACAAUUCCACUUCCCGUCACGAUGGCAGCAGCUCGGAUCAUCACCAACAAACGUGGCAUCACGCUUGGCGACAAGAUCGAAGACUUCCACUUUGAGUCCACCCACGGCGCGCUCUCCCUCAAGGAGUACUUCAACGGCAGCUGGGGCAUCCUGUUCUCGCACCCCGACGACUUUACCCCAAUUUGCACAACGGAGCUCGGCGAGUUGGCACGCAUAGACAACAUGGGAGAAUUUAGCCGCCGCAAUGUCAAGGUCAUUGGAUUGUCUUGCAACGACGUCGACAGCCACAAGCGCUGGAUCGAAGACAUCAAGGCGUACUCUGGCGAAGAUGUGAAGUAUCCCAUCAUCGCCGAUAAGAAUCGUGCGAUCGCUGUCGAGCUCGGCAUGCUGUCCUCCGACGAUCUGGACAAGACCGGUCUGCCUCUGACUGUUCGCUCCGUCUUUGUGCUCGGCCCCGAUCUCGCAAUCAAGCUCACGUUGACCUACCCUGCCUCGACUGGCCGCAACUUUGUCGAGAUCCUUCGUGUCGUCGACUCCCUCCAGCUCACGUCGUACCAAUCCCUUGCGACUCCCGUGAACUGGGUCAAGGGCGAGAAGGCAUGCAUCGUCCCGACAGUGUCGGACCAAGAGGCCGUGGAAACGUUUCCGAAGGGAUUCAACACGGUCGCCUUGCCGUCCGGCAAGGGGUACCUUCGAUUCACGCCAGACCCUUCUGCUUAAAUAUUGUCUGCUCACGGACGUUUGCCUCACUCUUCUUGGACACCGGACAGAAACAUCAACGAUUCGUCGGCGAGUGCAUAUGGCGUGGGUCGCGUCAUGGACGAUCGUGGCAGGAACGCCGUGCUUGUUGUCGUCGUCGCAGCGCUGCUGUCGCCCUGCGACGGCUUGGGCAUCGUGGAGGACAUCUCAACUUGCCAGUUGUGCAUGGCCAUCAACCGGGCCUCCAUGGCGCCGAGGUGAUCAAACACCUUUUGAAAGUUGGAUGUGAUGCGGUCUUGAUUCUCUUUGGCGGCGGCCGCUGCCUCGUGAGCCGCUUGCUGCCGCAGGACUUCGUGCACCAACGCGGGGUCGUACUUGCCGAAGAUGAACGAUUCAAUCGACACGCGGUCCUCCACGUACAUGUCGGAGAUCUGGUCAAAGAUGGUGCGAGACAGCACGCACAGCUCAGCAAACGACCGGGCACGGACAUUCGCCGUGCGUUUGCAGUUCAUGAGCAGCGAGAGUUCGCCUGCAAGCGGUCGCCGUGGUCGUCAGAGGCCAUUGCCGAGAGAGAGAGGCGUACCAAAGUAGUCGCCUUGGGUGAGCGUCUUGAGCACGAUCUCGUCAGGAUGGAGGCCGUCGGCGGCCGACUCUGUAGUGACCGACGACCCCACGCGGUCGCAGUCGAUUCCUUUCGUCACUUCGCAUGUGCCGCUCUGGACAAAGUACAUGUCGUGGCCGACCUCGCCCCGCACGACAAUGUAGUCGCCCGCCAAAUACACGUUCAAUUCCAAACACAUCACGAUCGCUUCGACAAACUUUUUCGAGCACC